AUGCCCUGCAACAACGACGUGGAGCGGCAGGUGGCCGCGCUCGGCCGGCUUGUGGACCGGGCAGAGCGGGCGGCCGUGGCGGAGGUGCAAGCCGUGACGGGCCUGGCGCGAGCCGCUGUGGCUGGCUUCAAACAGUACGGCUUCGUCCCCCUUGGCGUGGAGACUUCUCUCGCCGUCACCGGCGACGGCUUCAGCGAGGGCAACAUUGUCAUGUUCCUGUACGUCCCCAACAAAAUCGCCUUCAUCAAUGACGACGCGGCGAAGGUCUGCACGGGCGCAGGGGACGUCGCUAUCAAUGUUGGAGUCAGACCGCUUGUUGAAGGCACCAGGGCUGUGGUGGCCAAUGGCACGGUUCAAGUGCACUUCGAUCUGCCGCCGGAUUUCAACAGACUGUCAUCCGCAUACAAAACGACCAUCCUCUUCUCUGGUAAAGACAUUGACAACGGGUUCACCGUCGUGUUUCUCCCCGCGGGGACCGACUCCUGCGAGCCGAGCCCCAACAUUGGCGGCGUUGGCGGCGCAGCGCAGGUCUAUGGCAACUCCAACUCCAGAGACCAGUGGGCCGUGAUCGCGGAUGGCAAGGCACGCUUCACGCUGGGCGAUUGCAGCGAAGACGACGACACGGCGCAAGAAGGAAGUGUGACGAGAAGGAUAUUGUGCGAAAGCAACGCGAUCUACAAGGUCUGCAUCCUGGAUCGGAACUGCACGAACUCUGAGGAAAAUAAUGGCUGCGAGGUCGACGCCAGCUACACAUACACCAACGCAAAAGCCAGCGGGGCCGACACGCUUGCGAUCGCGGUGGGGUCGAGUGUCGGGGCCAUCGUCCUCGCAACCGCGAUCGUCUGCUGCUGCGCGCUCGGGACCCGCCGCGCCGCCGUGCGAGCGAGGGCAGUCACGGCGAAGUCUGACCAGCUGAGUGAGCUGAGCGAGAUCAAGACCGAGCCGUGGAGCGGCUUUCCGGGCGUCCACCAGGCUCGGUCGUCGCCGUCGAGCCAGUAUUUGGGCAACCGGACGAGCCUCGCCACGCGCCAGGCGACGGGCGACUCGCCGACGGGGCAGCGCAUGGCAUCGGCCGCGUCGCCAUUCACCGGCGCGUCUGGCGCCAUCAACGAGGUUGAGUGGAGCCGCUUCGAGCUCAUCCGGUGGGACCGCGUCGUGCUGCACGACUUUAUCGGCUCGGGCACGACGGGGGACGUCUACCGCGCCGAGUACGCGUCGACGGAGGUUGCCUGCAAGCUGCUGCGAAAGCGGCAGGUGUCGGAGCGCGAGAUGCAGUUCCUCGUCGACGAGUCGCAGCUCAUGCUCAAGCUCCGCCACCCCAACGUGCUCCUCAUGAUCGGCAUCACGUCGGACCGACAGAUGAACCACGGCAUCCUCACCGAGCUGAUGGACUUCUCGCUCGCCGAGCUCAUCGAGCGGAACGUCAACCCCGAGCCGACGUGGGCGUACCCCUUCGUCUCCAUCGCGAGCGACGUCGCGCGAGGCGUAGCCUACCUCCACGAGCACAACGUGCUACACCGCGACCUCAAGCCGGGCAACGUGCUGCUCAAGCAGCCGGGCAUGACGGCCAAGGUGGCCGACUUUGGCGCCUCGCGCGAGCGGACGCCCACCAGCACCAACUCGAUGCAGACGAGCAUGACGAUGACGAUGGCGGGCACGCCGGUCUUCAUGGCGCCCGAGGUGCUGCGGCAGGACCGGUACGGGAACGAGGCCGACGUCUGGUCCUUUGGCGGGCUACUCGUCCACAUCGCGACGCGCUGCCCGCCCUACACGAAGCUGCUCGAGUCGAUGCCGCCGUUUGCGCUCAUGCAGGCCAUCGCGCAGGGCGAGAUCCGGCCGACGUCGGACAUCGACGACCUCUGCCCCGAUUGGCCGGAGCCCAUCCAGCAGCUGGCGGAGCGGUGCUGCCUGGCCGACCGCGCCGAGCGGCCGUCCUUCAAGCAGAUUGCGAACGAGCUGCAGGAGCAGUUCCGGCAGACCGCGCACACCGCCCAUGACAGCGGACAGUACUCGAGCUCGCACAGCCUCGCGCGCCCCAACUCGGUCGCCGACGGCCGCGGCUACGAGUCGCGCCGCCACUCGCUCCUCUCGGCGGCGAGCCCCAAGGCGAGGGAGCGCGCGUCGCAGCGGGAGCGGUUGCGCGCCUCGGCCGCGCAGAGGCCCUCGCCCCAGCAGAGCCCGACGAGGGACGGGAGAGACAAGAGCCCGAGCCCUCGCGUCUCCAUCUCGACGAGCACGCGGCCGCAGCCGCCUCCGCCGAGGCGGCCUCCGAGCGGGCGCCCCUCGCGGUCCAACUCGUACCCGCUCGCCUCGCACUCUCCGUCCUGGCGUAGCUCGAUGCAGUCCGAGCACGGCGGCGGGAGCAGCAGCGGCGCCGUCGGCCACCGCCCAUCCGCAGGCGUCAGCGCCGAGCACGUGUCGCUAGCGCGAGGCUCCGAGCACAACCUGCCGCCGUUCCCCAACUCGUCCAGCACGCUGCAAGGGCGCAGCACCGCCUGCAGCGAGGCCGGCCCACCGCCACCCGCUUCGAUCAAGGCGGCGAGCUCGGGCGCGCUCUCCGUCAGGGCGCCGUCGCAGCCCUUUAGCGAGCUCUACGGGUUCUGGCGCAGCCUACUGGGCUCGACACGAGGGAGAGAGCGGGUGUCGCAGCGCCUGUAGCGCUGCACCGGAGAGGCUGUCUCUCUCAGUAUCUCUCUCCCUCGCGAGAGUCUUGUGCCUGGUGAUCCCUCCUCGCUUGUCCUUAAACUGUUCUCAAGC